AUGCGCCUCAUUGACAACCUUGUGCUGAAAUGCAGACAUUUAUUGAGGACUUCUCUAAAGCGCAGUCUCUUUGCGAUUGCGCUUAGCCUUGUAUUUACAAUUUUCAUGCUUGUACCUCGGUCAAGAGAAGCUACUGCAAUACGAGGCGGCCAAACAGUCCAUCCUUCAAGUAAAAGAAAUGCCUUUUUUUUAGGAUCUGGCCCUGCUGGUGAUGGGGAUAGCCUCGGUGAGCUAGUUUUGGAAACUUCGCACGAGCCACUCUCUACACCUUAUGAUCCAUAUCCUGAAUAUAGCAGCGCUGCAUGGAACAACAUGUGGAGGGGAACUUACCAGCAGUGUGCUGGCCCAAAUGGUUUAGACCUGGAUCGUAGAGAUGCGGAAACAGCUAUGAAAGCGUUUCGUUGGAAUCAGUCAGCGCCAAUUUUUGGAUCAUACGAGGCGUGGAAUCUUGAUCGGAGUGUCUGCGCCGACCGAUAUUCUCGGUAUGCGGCGUACGGCUAUGCAGAUGAAGGCGAAAAAGUGCAGUGGCAGGAUGUGAAUUGGGCCACUUUGCAACAAGACUGCUUGCAGCGCAAUGCAGACCGAUAUCAGCCUUCGAAAAUCGGGGAAAAGACGCGGACUCUGCACAAGGAGCACGACAAAGAAACAGACGAGCAUCGCUGGAGCGGAGAGAAGACAGAGACAGAUCGAAACAAGACCUCUGCUUUUUUCAAACCACGGACGGCGGUAGUCCUGCGCACAUGGCUCGGCAUGGAAUACACGGAAGAUGAUCUCUAUUAUGUCCGGUCAAUUAUAAUGGAGCUAUCGCUCUUAUCCGGCGCAGAAUACGAGGUGAUCAUCUUGGUUGAUACGAAAGACGUUGAAGUGCCUCAUCCAGCGGACAAGGCGGGCUUGGACAGUCUGAAAAGCUCUCUCCCGCGGGAGCUCCAGGAUCUGGCAGUGUUUUUCAACUCAGAGAUACUAAAGGAUUGGUAUCCAAAGAUCGAUAUUCAUGAAGCCAUACUUCAAUACUUUCAGCCAAUGCAGAUUUUCUCACGGGUGAAUCCGCAAUACGACUUUUUCUGGCAGUUUGAGAUGGAUUCACGUUAUACAGGACAUUUCUAUAACUUUCUCCAGCAGGCAGCAGAGUUUGCAAAGCAACAGCCUCGCAAGAAUCUAUGGGAGCGCAACUCUUACUUCUACAUCCCCGCUGUGCACGGGAGCUGGGACAAUUUUAUCGACCAGGUAGACCAGAGCAUGACGAACCUUGACAGUAUCUGGGGCCCACAGCCAGCAAAAGGUAUCGAGGUUGGGAAUGAGGCACCCGAGCCACUACGCUCAGACCUGGACGAUGAUUCUUGGACCUGGGGCGUGGGCGAGGAAGCCGACGUGAUCACCUGGCUGCCUCAAUUUGACCCUCGACACACCGAUUGGCCCUUCAGGACCCGGGUGUAUAAUUUCCGCCAGAAGCAACGGACUCCGCGCCGGGCAUCCGUUGUGGCAAUGUCUCGUGUCUCAGCCCGAUUGCUCCGCCUCAUGCAUGCGGACAAGACUGAGAAAGGUUUGGGGUUAGCAUCUGAAAUGUCCCCCACGUCCUGGGCUCUUUAUUAUGGGUUGAAAGCAGUUCAGGUUCCUCAGCCCAUUUACCAUGCGCACGAUACAAAUCCCGUUGAGCUUAAUCUCCGAGCUAAUUCGGGCAAGCCUGGUAAAAUCAGCGCAGGGUGGGAUAGUAUCUGGAGCUGGAACCGGCACAAUGAUAUUCUGAUGAAAAUGUCAUACAUGUUUGGGUCGGAAUUCCCCGAAAAGAUCUAUCGAGCCUGGCUAGGUUAUGAUGAUUCGGAGAAGGACGGGCAUCGCCUUUGCUUGCCUCCGAUGUUCUUACAUCCGGUGAAGAAUACAAAAAGAUAG